AUGCCGUACAACUGCUGCCUGCCCACCAUGAGCUGCCGUACCAGCUGCUCCUCCCGGCCCUGUAUACCCAACAGCUGCCAUAGCUGCACCCUGCCCGGGGCUUGCAACAUCCCUGCCAAUAUUGGCAACUGCAAUUGGUUCUGUGAGGGCUCCUUCAAUGGCAACGAGAAGGAGACCAUGCAGUUCCUGAAUGACCGCCUGGCCAGCUACCUGGAGAAGGUGCGGCAGCUGGAGAGAGAGAAUGCAGAACUGGAAAGUCGGAUCCAGGAGAGGAACCAGCAGCAGGACCCUCUGGUGUGCCCUGCCUACCAGGCCUACUUCAGGACCAUCGAGGAGCUGCAGCAGAAGAUCCUGUGCAGCAAGUCUGAGAAUGCCAGGUUGGUGGUGCAGAUCGAUAAUGCCAAGCUGGCUGCCGAUGACUUCAGGACUAAGUAUGAGACCGAGCUGUCCCUGAGGCAGCUGGUGGAGUCGGACAUCAAUGGCCUGCGUAGGAUCCUGGACGAGCUGACCCUGUGCAAGUCUGACCUGGAGGCUCAGGUGGAGUCCCUGAAGGAGGAGCUGCUGUGUCUCAAGAGGAACCAUGAGGAGGAAGUCAACACCCUGCGCUGCCAGCUUGGAGACCGCCUCAACGUGGAGGUGGACGCUGCUCCCACUGUGGACCUGAACCGUGUGCUCAAUGAGACCAGGUGUCAGUAUGAGGCCCUGGUGGAAACCAACCGCAGAGAAGUGGAGGAAUGGUUCACCACACAGACUGAGGAGCUGAACAAGCAGGUGGUGUCCAGCUCAGAGCAGCUGCAGUCCUGCCAAGCAGAGAUCAUCGAGCUGAGACGCACAGUCAACGCCCUGGAGAUCGAGCUGCAGGCCCAGCACAACCUGAGAAACUCUCUGGAAAACACCCUGACAGAGAGCGAGGCUCGCUACAGCUCCCAGCUGUCCCAGGUGCAGUGCCUGAUCACCAACGUGGAGUCCCAGCUUGGUGAGAUCCGGGCUGACCUGGAGCGUCAGAACCAGGAGUACCAGGUGCUGCUGGACAUCCGGGCCAGGCUGGAGUGUGAGAUCAACACGUACAGGGGCCUGCUGGAGAGCGAGGACUGCAAGCUACCCUGCAAUCCCUGUGCCACAACCAAUGCAUGUGGCAAGCCCAUCGGGCCCUGUGUCUCCAAUCCCUGCACUCCGUGCCCACCCCCGGCCCCAUGCACACCUUGUGUCCCACGUCCCCGCUGUGGGCCAUGCAACUCCUUUGUACGCUAG